CCAGAAGCGGGGCAGCUGCUUACAACUCCUCCGUGAUAAUGAAGAUCUUUGGCUGCUCACUUACUGCCAUCCAUACGGUUGCAGUGUGCCUGGUGGUCCUCGGUGUCCUGCAGACGACUUGUGUUCAAGGGCACGGUGGUCCCGGCGGCGGCUUCGGCGGCGGCCAUUUCGGCGGCGGCUUCGGUGGCGGCCAUUUCGGCGGCGGCUUCGGCGGCGGCGGUUUCGGCGGUUUCCGAAGAGGUGGUUUCGGCGGGCCUCGGGGUUUCGGCGGAGGGCUCUUCGGCCCGCCUAUCCCCCUGGUCUACGGCUGCGCUGGCUUCUACAACUCCUGGGGGCGAUACGUGUGCCUGUACUGAGUGACCCAGUGUUCUGUCCAAGCAAUAUUAAACUGUAUGAGUGCGGUGUUGAAAUUUAAGCGAUUUUAUCUUUCAGUGGACUUAAAAAAAAAAAAAAACACAUCCAUACAUCUGUACCUGGGAGGCAUAAGACACAAUGUCCAAUUUUGGGCGAAAUGCACUUUUAAUCAUAAUCUUUACCACAGUUUAACGUUGUUUCUAUUGACAUACAACACUAAGAUAUAAGAUAUUAAAAAAAAAUACAUUAUUUGGGUGGAUAAUGGUUGAGUAAAUUAGUGAUGCCCUAUUUUUAAAUAUUUAAAUUGCUCUCUUAAAAAGUAUGGUCUCUGUGACAUAGUGUCUUAUGCCUCCAAGGUACAGAUAUAUAUAAACACAAUGCUUAACAUUAAAUUUCGAUUUUUUCUUUACAGUGUAAUUGUGUAUAGUUAAGUCAAUUUUAUAUUUUAAAUGUAGCAUUGUUGUUACAAGAAACGAUAUUUUUGUGUAAUAAAGUAAAACUAGACUUGCUGUUACAUAAA